AUGGCGGCGGAUGGCGGCGGAGGCCUCGGGCCGCGGCUCUGGCUGCGCUUCUGGCCGGGCGCGCUGCUCCUGGGCCUGGCCGCGGGAUGCUCGGGGCCCCGGCGGUGGCCCGUGCCUUACCGGCGCUUUGAUUACCGUCCUCCAGCGGAUCCUUACUGCCAAGCUCGUUACAUCUUCUGCCCAACUGGCUCUUCCAUUCCAGUAAUGAGCGACAAAGACGUCUUCAAGGUGUAUCGGUUGCAAGCGCCUGUCUGGGAGUUCAAGUAUGGAGACCUCCUGGGUCACCUGAGAAUCAUGCACGACGCUGUUGGCUUCAAGAGCUCUUUGACGGGGAAGAACUACACGAUGGAAUGGUAUGAAAUGUUCCAGCUGGGGAACUGCACGUUCCCCCACCUCCGCCCUGACGUGCCCGAGCCUUUUUGGUGCAAUCAAGGGGCUGCCUGCUUUUACGAAGGAAUCGACGACGCCCACUGGAAGGAGAAUGGCACCUUGGUUCAGGUCGCCACCAUCACGGGAGCGAUGUUCAACGAGAUGGCAAAAUGGGUGGAAUACGACAACAGAACCGGAAUUUACUAUGAGACCUGGAUGGUCAAAGAGAGUCCAGAGGAGUGCUCCAGGGUGUGGUUUGAGGCCUACGAAUGCUCCAAAUUUGUCCUAAGGAUGUAUCAAAAACUGGCGGACAUGGGAGCGGUUUUCAAAAAGAUACAAACCAAUUACACCACCCUUACUCUCUUCAGCGGAGAACCCAUUUGCCUCGGGAAUGAAACCUCCAUCUUCGGACCCCGAGGCAACAAAACGCUGGCUACGGCUAUCAGGGACUUCUAUUCUCUCUUCAAACCUUACCAUUCAGUCAAAGAGUUCUUCACAAACUUCUGGAAAAUACUCACCAAAGUGAUUCUGAAGCGUCACUUUUACCUCUUCUACAACUUGGAAUACUGGUUUUUACCUGUUAAAUAUCCUUUUGUGCGAAUAACCUAUGAAGAAAUCCCAUUACCUAGUACAAAAGCCGGUAGAUGGAAUCCUCCUUCACAAAGGACAUCAGCAAAUGAAAUUGUGCUGUGA